UCAGAAUAAUGAAAGAUGUCGCGUACAGAGUGUCAUGGAGUCCAUGUUGGACGGUGUGUUCUGUUGUAGUUUAUGUGGGAAGAUGAAACGAAAGUUGAGAUUAUGUUUACAUUAAGCGAUGCCAUAACGGAGGAACUGUAUAGAGGAGAAGAUGUCAAGAAGUUCCACGAACAGUGGAAUCCUCAAUCUGGAUCGAGAAUUUGGACUAUUCCUGGUCACGUGUUAUAUACGAGUAUAGAUGGUCGAUGCUUAAAAUCAUGUGAUGUUUGUCCGUCCGAAGUAAAUACAGAAGAAAAGAAUUUGGAUUCAAACUUCGUUCCUAAAUCUGGUUACGUAUUUGAUAUUUGUGUAAUCCGAGAAAAUAACCCAACUCGCAUAUUUGUAGUUUUAUCGACAGGGAACGUGGAUGUAUAUCAGUACUGCCAGUCGAAUUAUGAAUGGACUUCAGUAGGGCAUUUUAACUUGUUUACUAAUGAAAAAAUCAAAUUGAAUUGGGUAUUCUUUCACCAUCGCCUCAAUUCUAUUAUAUGGUGCGAGAGAUGUGAAGAUGCUAAAGAAAAUGCAAAUUGUUCUUUGUUCAAAAGAAAUCUUCCAUUAGAAGAUGGUAUUGAAAUUUCCGAUACAACUAUCGAACCAGUUUAUCCACUUUUAUCUAAUUGCCCAAAAUUAGAAAUUACUGCCGUUGGAGACAGCUUUUGUCUUGUACCAAAAUUGUCUAAACAGACAUCCAUCUAUGUGAUAUGCAGUCAGGGAUUCCAGUUUAGAUUGUGUGAUUUAUGUGGAGAGUUUCCGUGGAAAAGCCUUAGAUAUGAUGCUCUACCCGAUUCUCCGGUAGAUUUUUUAAUGCUUAUAACCAGAAAUCUAAGAAUGUGGAAAUAUCCCGAUACAAAGUACAGAUUAUGCCGUUCAUUAAACACUUCGUCGGAAAAAAUUUCUUUUCUUUUCAAUAACACUUUAGCAAUAUUUGUAAAUAGUUCUGGAGAUAUUUGUAGUAAAAAGAAUUUAUUCAAAUUUACAGGUGAUGUAAAAGAUUGUUUUCUACACAAACAGUUAAUGUUUAUAUUUACUGAAGAGAAAUUGUACAUAUGUUGUACAGAAACAGGUACCUGUUUAGAAUCUUUGGAUUUACCUUAUAUUGGUCCUCCAGGUGGUAUUUGGUAUUACUGUUCUUCUAUUCCUCUAUUGGGAGUAUAUACAGAUCAUACAAUUUAUCAGCUACGAUAUAAAUCAAUUGAAGAAAUUAUUAAUUCUUCCACUUUUUCUAAUGAAAAAUCACAUAAAUGCUUACUGCCAGAACAGUUUCAACUUCUAGCUUUAAUUCAAGAACUAAUUGAUGAAAAUGCAACGAAUAUCAAUAUUUAUCUACCUUCUCAAUUACAUCACUAUAUUCAAAGCAAAGCUUUAUUGCUUGCAGCACUACAUUGGCACAGAAAUAAAGAAUCAAACAUACUUAGAUAUCAGUUGCCUGAUAUACAGAGUCUGAUGUGUUCUCGUGAAAGUCACUGGCCGGGAAAAGAAACAAAGUUACGAAAAUUACUCAAACAGCAAGUAGAUUGCUUUUGUUCAAUUGAAAGAGAAAAAUGGAAAUUUUUUCAUAAUUAUGUAAAUAAAUAAUUUUGUAAAUGCAUUAUUAUAAAUAAUUUUAUUUAAAAUAAUGCAUUUUUUUUAUUUUUGAGCUUAUA